AUUUCAUUCAUUUUCAUCUCUGUGGUACAAAUCAUAGCAAGUCUGGACAGCAUCCCGUGGAAAAAUGUCUCAGUACUCGGGAAAGAUAGUGUUUUAUGAGGGAAAAUGCUUCACUGGAAAGAGACUGGAGGUGUUUGGUGACUGUGACAACUUUGAAGACCGUGGUUUCAUGAACCGGGUCAACUCCAUCCGUGUGGAGAGUGGAGCCUGGGUUUGUUUUGAUCACCCUGACUUUAAGGGCCAACAGUACAUGCUGGAGCGUGGAGAAUAUCCAGAGUUCCAGCGCUGGAAUGCCCACAAUGAUCACAUGGGAUCCUGCAGACCAAUCAGAAUGCAUGGCGAGCAUUACAGGAUGGAGAUAUUUGAGGCUCCUAACUUCACCGGACAGUGUAUUGAAGUGUGUGAUGACUGCCCCUUCCUACAAAGCCUAGGUCUUAACCAAAACUGCAUCAACUCAAUCAGAGUCUAUGGAGAUGGAGCCUGGGUGUUGUAUGAGGAGCCAAACUUCCGUGGAAGUAUGUACAUUGUGGAGAGAGGGAACUACUGUACACACAUGGAAUGGCAGGCUCAGAACCCCAAUAUUCAGUCCAUCCGCAGAGUGGUCAACUAUUUCUAAACUUGGUACGGUGUAGCUGUCUGCACCGAUCAAAUCCCAACAUCAGAUGUCACUGCUCGGAGGUCAGGUACAUUAUAUGACCUCUCAACAUUAUAACCUGGCAAAACAUAACUCAACUUGGUUUAUAUGAAGGAUGUGAAUUAUUUUUCUUAAUUUCUAUAUAAUAAAGUUGU